CCUCGACCCAUCUCGGCCCCAAGAACCCUAACCCGCUUCUCUGCUCAAAUUUCACUUCCCAGCUCCUCACUCAUCAGCUCUCCUUUCUCUCUCUUUUCUUCUCUCAUCUCUCACCUCUCUUCGCCCUCACAAUCACCGGAGUACAUACUUCGUACACACUUCGGCGCAUCCGAGAAUGGCAAGCAGCACCGAUCAUCAAAAUGGCACCGACAUAUUAUAGCACCUCAACACGAGACCACUUCGUCGAACCGCCCUCUCUCCUCUCCCGCCUCAUAUCCGCGCUCCCCAGCGGCCUCCCAGCUCAAAUGCACCGAGUCUUCGAGUCCCCGACCCAAAGCACCACUGCUUCGCGAAUCCCGAGGUCCUUACGCCGCUGGGAGAGAAGCUGUCUCUCCCUCCACCCGAGGAGGUUGCUGAGUCUGCCGCAUGCGUUUAUUGCAAUUUGGGUAGUUCUCCUGCUUUGGGGCGAGAGAUGGGUGUUUAGGAGUUCGGUACAGGAGUGUAAGUGGGAGAAUUGGGAGAGUUGGCCCAAAGAUGCGACGCCGCAUCAUCUGGUAUUUCUGGCGGAUCCCCAGCUUAUUGAUGCGCAUAGCUACCCGGGGCGGCCGUGGCCGUUGGACAAGUUUACCAUCAUGCAUACAGAUAAUUAUAUGAAGAGGUCGUUUAUUUCGCUCCAAGAAUCGCUGAAUCCGGAUACGAUUUUCUUCUUGGGGGACCUGUUUGAUGGGGGGAGGGAGUGGAAAACGGCGCAUGGGAAUACGCAGGAUCCGUCGUGGGCGAAUGGGCUACGGCCCUCGGGCGAACAAGCAUUUGUCGAGACUUGGGGAAAGCGGUAUGGGGAGGAUUAUUGGUUGCAUGAAUAUGACCGGUUCGGGAGGAUAUUCUUUGAUUUCUGGAUGAAGGGUACGAGUCCAGGGCCUUGGCAGAGAGGGAGGAAGAUCAUUUCGACGUUACCUGGAAAUCACGAUUUGGGGUUUGGGCAGCAAGUUAAAAUACCCAUAAGGAAUCGAUUCGAAACGUAUUUUGGCGAGGGAAAUAGAGUGGAUGUGAUUGGAAACCAUACAUUCGUCUCUGUGGAUGCGGUCUCGUUAAGUGCUGGAGGAGAUGCACAUGGGACGAAAGAGCUCACCCAGCCGGUCGAAGACUUCCUCGCAAAUGUUCGGAGCCUGAAAAGGAAAGCUGUUGUGAGAGAAUUGAGCAUCCAAGCUGGACAGGAGAAAGUACUGCAACAUGUACAUAAGGCUGAAGAUUUGGACCAAGUCGAUUUCUCACACCUUCCUACUCUCGAUCCUGGACCUUCGGGCCCAGAGCUUCCAACAGUUCUCCUCACACAUGUGCCAUUAUACCGCCAACCAGGGACUCCUUGCGGACCAAUGAGAGAGCACUGGCCUCCGGAGACACCUCCUAAGGGCCAGACUACCCCGGUAUUUCCAGAUCACCGAAAUGCGAUCUCGAUCUCCAGAGGAUAUCAAUACCAAAAUGUACUCAGUGAGGACGACUCGGUUAAUCUCGUCUCUGCUAUUGGGAACGUCAAAUCCGUAUUCUCGGGCGACGACCAUGAUUACUGCGAAAUUGUCCAUCCAGCAAAUAAGAACUCCGCCCGCGAAAUAACAGUAAAAAGUAUGAGCUGGGCACAGGGAGUUCGAAAACCAGGCUUCUUACUCCUCAGCAUGUGGAACCCCAUCGAUACCUCGGGACAAUCUCUUCAAUCUACAGCCGUAACGACCAUGGAAUCACAUCUUUGUCUACUCCCCGACCAAAUCAGCAUAUUCCUCCGCUACCUAACCCUCAUAGUCCUAACCCUGCUCACUCUCACCAUCCGCGCCAUCCUCGUCCCACUCCUGAGUCUCGUUCCCUUUUCCUCCCCUCCCUCCUCCUCCUCUUCAUCAAACACCAACGACUACCCCCUCCUCCCAACCACUAAAGCGGACCUCAAACGCGAAGAACCAGAACGAAGAGAGACUCGCUCCUCAAACUCUUCAACAUCCUCAACAUCAUCAAACAACAUCCAAAACCUAAACCUCGCUCCCCGCUCCUCCGCCGCGCGCACAAGAUCCGUGAGCCCUGCAAAAGGAUACGGCUUACCCGCCUCUCAAGUCCGGUUCGCUACCCCACCUCUUAUCAACACCGCAGGUUACAACCCCAGAUGGGACGACGAUGCUGCGACGAAGAAGCCGCCGAUUUUUGAUUUCGUUGGGAAUGGGAAUGGAGCAGGGAGAAAGGAGGCCGUGCCGUUAAAAGGAGUGAAGCUGAUAUGGAGAGAAGCCUGGACGAGUAUUUGGCGGGUGGCGUGGGUGGUUAUCUGUGUGUAUUUAUGGUUGGCGUAUUAUGGAUAGGAUGGGUUUCCCGGGCGGGAAUGUAUCAUAGGAUAGGAUAGGAUUGGUAGUCUGUUGCAUGGAUUGGCGUUAGUGAGCCUUGAAUAGUGCAAAGCAUGUUCUUUUCGAACCUUUUAAACCAUUAAAACUUGU